AUGGCCUCAGCCAAAAAAAGAGUCGAACUGGCCAAGCAACAACAGAAAAUAAGCGGAGUUCAGAUCAACACCUCCGUCGAUGAUCCCCAGAAAUCCAUCGACGAACUGAUCAGUGCCGGGGUCAGGGAUCAUCAAAAUCGGAAUAAACAUUUCGAACGGAAGACCAAAGGGUACCCCGUGUCUUACUUCAACUACCCCAAGAACACCUGUAAAUCCCGCGGAUCCUCGGUUGGCCAUUCCCGGGAGGGCUCUUCGGAUGAUGGCUUCGGAUCCUCGGGUCGUCAGACUCUCUCGCCCAGCUCCAUAUCCUCCUCGAAUAUCGGGGCUCAGAACUUUUCGCAUUAUUCCCAACCAAUAAACGUCGUCCAUCAGCGGCAAGCCUCGGCCCCCGAAUUGAUCAACUACGGGAUCGAGCAGGGUCACAGUCAUCUCUCGCACCCCUCCCAUCCCCAUCAUCCGCAUCAUCUUCCCACACAUCACAAGUGAGUAAUCGAAUUGGCUUACAAAUUGUCUGGAAUCUUUGAUGACCUAAUUGAAGCAAAUUUCCAAAAAAUUUCCAAGUUUUGGCCAAUUUAUGGCUUGUGGAAAGAGCUAUUAAUAAUCAAAAACCAUGAAAAAGCUUUUAGAAAAAGCUUAAUCCCGAUUUACGCCAAUUUUCAUCAAAUUUGCAAUGUUUACUGAUCGUUUUCGUAAUGAAAAAUGAUGGUUAAAAUAAUUGCGUAAUCUUGUUUCAGCCGCUUCGAGUCCGCCCGUGCCCAUGUUGGGUCGGCCGGCCUCCCUCCAGUAGCCCACUCUUAUUCCUCAAAAUCCCUCAGCACCGCCGCCCUCCACACUCAGCCCAGUCCCAAUCAAUUUAUACCCAAUUCCGGGGAUGCAGCCCUCUCUCAGCCCGUGUAUCAUCAUCAGCGAUCGGCCAAGUCCUGCGACUUUGAUGCGGUUUCAAAUGCCAGCCAAAUCAAGCAGGAGCAGGCCAGUCCGGCCGCCUUCGAAGACACCUCCCAUCUGGGAAGGAGUAUGAAUCACAUGAAUUCAUUCAGUGGAUCUCAACAGCCCAGUUCAUCCUCCUAUUGGACCGAUCCCCGGGCCAAAAGUCAGUCCUUGGACCCCUUGGCCAUUAGUAUGGCCCCUCAAAGUAGUAUGCCCGCAAAUGUCGGGCCGGGAGUUCAUCAUCAACAGGCCCAUUCCUUGAGCGCAAUCUCGACAACUCAAUCGGAUUCAGGGCUGGAUGAUGGACUAGGACCUCUGCCAAAUGGAUGGGCCAAGUCUUUUACGGAGACGGGCGUACCCUAUUUCAUUGAUCACAAUAAUAAGACCACUACUUGGUUUGAUCCUAGAACUUGUAAGCUAAAUUUGAAAUUUUUGUCUUGCUUUACUAGGCUUAUAAAUGUUUUUCGUUAUAUCCAAUGACCAUAAAAUCGAUUUACAGGCCACACCGACAAUCCCUCAAUCCGACCUCGCAACUCUUUCAAGAAAGCUAGCAGUGGAGAAGCUUUACAUUACAGUAAUCUCUAUGACCAGCAACCCAUGUCUGUACAGAUGACCCCUCAGUAUGGCGUAAGUUGACUCUAAAGCCUUGAUUACUCCCCAAGACAUUUUUUAUGACUUAUUUUUACUUUUAGCAACAAAUCCAACGAGGAGUCGACCGAGUUCAUCAGCUGAAAAUGGAACGGAAUUAUAUGCAGGAGCGACAGCAGCAAUUACAACAACAAGUAGGUGUUGUACGGAUUUAAUUUUAUGCUUUUAGGGCUUACUGGACCAGAAACAACAGAGUCCCCAUCAAAGUCAGACCUUUGGAUCGCCUCCUUGUCAGCCAUCGGACUCUCCUUUUAAUAGGUCUACUCAAUUAUACAGUAAUCCUAUGGCUGGAGGGGAAGUGAAUAUGGAACAUUAUGAAGCGAAUUACAACAAUCCGACAGUAAGUUAUCUUUGAUAGGAGUUUUAACGUGAUCAAAACUGUUAUGAAGUCAUUACGAGUUAAAAAUUAUAUUAUACUUAACUAGUCAAAAAAAAAUAUUUUUUCAGAGGACCUCAUCAAAUGAUUCGACGUUAGAGAAUCAGAUGGAAAUCGACUUCCAGCAAAACGAACCGAUGCACCAGAUCGACCCGGCAUUGGUACAGGUGAGAUACGAUCCUAUUGUAACACUUACAGUACCCUCAAAAACUAAUUUCAAAAAUUGAGUCCGGAAUAAUCGGAUUUAAAUAUUUUUAGGGAUCGUUUUCUUUACAAACCCACUUGUUCUUAAAGCGGAUUUUAAAAGGAAUUGCCAGGUCUUUGAGCUUGUUUUGCUACUAGUUAAUAAGGUCAAUGAGUUUAUCGAAUUGAAACAAUGGCUCUCUAGAUUCGAGAUAUUAAUUAUUUAAGAGGAGAACAGCUUAGGUCUUAAUAAAACUUGAUAAAAAUUAGGAUUAAAAAUUGUUAAAACGUAUUUUGCUUAUCUUGUCCCUCACACACAUGUUGCCCAAAACAAUAGGUACUUAAUUUUUUUUAAUUUUAAUGUUCUUCUUCCAGGACCUGAAUCCGGCCGAUUUGAAUCCCCACGAGUUCGAUCGUUACCUCCAAAUCAACGAUUCCCAUCAACGGCACACCAGCACGGCCAAGUACAAUAUCUGA